AUGAUGCCGACAAUGGAAUUGGAUUCGGAAGCGUUUGUGGAGGUGGAUCGAGCAGCAGGUACGGAUGCUACAGAUCUCAAUUGCAGCAACGUCUUCAUCAAUAGCAAUAUCGGCGAGGUAAAAAUUGGCAAUUUGGGUUUGGCUGCAAUAGUUGGUAAGAGCCAUUGUGCACAUUCAAUACUGGGGACACCUGAAUUCAUGGCUCCUAAGCUGUACGAGGAGGAUUACAUGGAGCUGAAUUUACAAGAAGGUGACAUCGAGUCUAUGCCCUUCAUGGAGGCAUUGAGGCAACUAUUUUUCUCUACAGGCGCCAUGUAUUCAUUUGCACAAAUAAAACUACACCCAAAAGCAAUUGAAGCUACAAGAAGUGCUGGAAAAGUUCGUGAUGUUUUCUAUUGCCUCAAGCUCUUGGAAGCCACUGGCAUUUCUACUGUCCCUGGUUCAGGUUUUGGCCAAAAAGAAUGGUAG